CUCAUUCUUGUGAUCUGCUUGGAGCGUUGGCGUCUUCGUGAUGAUAUCCUCUACACUAUUGUACACUACAUAUUUAGUGUACAUAGUGUAGAGGUCAAUGAGCAAGACGAAACUGACGACAACUUGACACUACUGCACCACUGUGCAAUGCGUGGAAAUGAUCAACUAGCAAAUAUUCUCAUCGGACGUGGAGCUGAUGUCAAUGUGCAGGAGAGAGCGGAACGAUGGACUCCACUUCACUGGGCAGUCUACAUGAACAAGAUCAACGUUGUCAAGGUGAUGCUGUCACAUGACAGUGACGGUGUCACCUUGGAUACCACACUGCGUGACGGUAAAGGGAGAACAGCGUUGGACCUAGCCAGGGAAAGGAAUCAUAAGGGAUGUGUGCAGUUGCUGGUGGAUCACGAGAGUGCGAAGGAGGCCAAGCAGCUGCAGGCAGGAGAUACUGCUGUUCUGCCAAGUAUCAGUGAACUCGAAGCAGCAGAGCAGGAGGCAGCCCGGUUGGGCGGUACGACCGUCAUCCAUUUCCUGCACGUGGUAAUACUUGGUGCGGCACGCGUUGGAAAGACCAGCUUGCUGAAGGCGUUGCUUGAGAAGAUGCACAAUGAGAAUGAACUCAGCACACCCGGCAUGCGCACGUCCUACGCAACUACAAACAUCACUGAUGACUGUCGAUUCAUCGAAUGCCCAGACAUGCCAGAUGCUCUGAGUCGACUCUACGUCAUCACCAUGAUGUGCAAACCAUCCACUUCGAAUCAUCCCCAAGACAAAGAGACAACACAAGAUGACAGAGAGAGAGCCCCAGCAGGAGAGGAUCCUGUGGCUGGGACCCAUGCAGGACCUAUGGAGGACAGCAGUAGCAGCAGCAGCAGAAGCAGCAGCAACGGGCCAGCAAUGCGCGAGGAAAUCCACGAGACCAUCACAGGAUUUCUCAAUGCAGACCGGGUAAAGUACAUCUCAGACCGGGCCAACACGCCCAACUAUACCGUCAUAACAUUCCGCGACCUUGGAGGGCAGCAAGUCUACCAAUCCGUGCAGCCCCUCUUUAUGGCCAAAAACACAGCCUUCAUUGCCACAUACAACUCUUCUCUGGAUCUUCUAGAGACCCUUCCCAAGUUCGAUGAAUUUCAGGUCAGCCGGGAAGAAUGUAUCGAGCGGGCCACUCUACCGUCCAAUGCGACUCGCCUAGACCAGCUGCUCGGCUGGCUCGACAUGCUGCUGCUGAAUGCGAAAGCUGACAGCAGCACAGACCAGAGUGCUGCAGAUGAUGUGUUUGUAGUGGGGUGUCAGAGUGACAGGUGGAACAAAACCGAUUUGCCUGAUCCUUGUAAGCUACUUCAAGAGAAGAUAAAAGGUACGCGGUACCAGAACCUUGUCUGGAACGACACUUCGUACUUCAAAAUCGACAACACCAGAUCCACUGGAAGUGCAGCACAAGCAGAUGAGCUGCAGCGAUUGAGAGAGGCCAUCAUCGACCGCUGCCAGAAGAGCCAACGUAACAUCCCUGUUCCAUGGCUCCGAUUCUGCAUAUGCAUACACGCGCUCAAGCAGGAGGUCACUUGGCCUUGGAUUUCCUUCAAGGAGGCAAAGUUCAUAGCGAAGCAAGUCAAGGCUGUUCCACAUGACUGCAGUGACCGGCAAAUACAGCUGCUGCUGAAGUACUGCCACGAAGCAGGCCACCUGGCGUACUUCCCAACUUUCAAGCUGAAAGACACGGUCAUCCUGGAGCCCCAGUUCAUCCUGGACUGUGUCAAUGCCUUUGUCUACAUGAAGCCUGACCGAGACAUCACAGUGCACGAAGCGCGGUGCUAUCGUUCUGGGUUCAUGACGGAGUCCCUGGCACGCAAAGCUCUCAACAAGAUGUUCGAGGGUCAGUCUUACUGCGACCAUGCUAAGGCGUGGCAAGCAGUCAGAGCAAGCAGUGAUGGGUUCAAGCUCAUUUUUGAAAUCCUAGAAUGGCUCUCAGUCCUGGUAAUUGUGCAGGAUGAGAGGUCUGCUGAGCACGAGUUUAUUGUACCUGCAGUCGUCCUGGAGAUGGGCACGGACCCGCAGACGCCUUGUUCCUGUGCCUAUGUGUCCUUGGAGCAAGCAAACCGAGAUGAGUUGAUGCACUUUCCCGUGUUCCUGUACUGGCAAUGCGUGGUGGAGGUGCUGCUUAAGUCACACAAGCGCUCGGCUGCCACGCUGUCACGGUGCAGCGUUCGCCUUCGCUGGAAUAGCGAUUGGCCGUGGCUGCACCUGCACUAUACACGCUACGGCUUACAAGUGUACGUCGAGUGCAAGGGCCGACACGGCGGCAGCGGAACGUCUACGCUGGAUGAAGUCCGGGCAAUCGUGCUCACAGUGGUACGGAAGUGGGGCCUACAGGUCAAAGUGAUCAGCACAUUGCCAUGCCCCUGCGGAGAAACAUCGGGCGAGGAGUGUUUACAGCAUGGCUUAUCUACGUGCCGCGCGCCAAGCUGUGAGCACGCCUUGGACGCUUCCACCCUAGUGGCUGAAGACUACCCACUGUGUACACGUUCAAAGCCGGAUAUACAGAUGAUCCGUGAGCAGGCCAUGUUCUGGCUGGGCCUUGACCAGGAUGCAUGUGGAAAGCUGUUUGACCCGAGAUCGGCCUCUCUUCCUUCAGAAGCCUGUGCCAGUGUGGACAGUAGAAGCGGUGGUCACGGUGCUCGUGGAAGCGGUGUUCACGACGCUGAAUUCAUGUCACUUGGUGCCAUUGGUGGAAAGACACUUGAUCAGAUUGCCAACUGGCAUGCGUUUGUUAGCUCGAUUGAACCGUUCAUCGGUGGAGAGGAGGAAGGCGACGAGAGAGGAAUGCUAAGUACUUGAAACAAUAAGCAGGAGAUGAGGCCUUGUCCAGAGAUGGCAGGGGGGGGGGGGGGGCAAGCGUCUGCUCUCCGACCCCCAGCAGCUCAGUGCCUCGGCCGGAUCAGAUUAGCAGCCUGGCCGCCCUCCGGUCAGCGUCGUGGAGCCUGAUGUCUUCUUGUGACCGGAGCGUUCGUCCUAGGCAUCAUGGGCGCUGUGUGUUUUCAUUGCCAGUUGGCCUGUGUUACUGUGAUCAGCCCGUGUCAUUUUCCUUCAUCAUGAAUUUACACAUAGCAGUGAUGUUUCUAAUGUCUUGAAGUACACUUGAAACUCACAUGCUAUUUACUUUGAAUUGCAGCUAGUAAAUUUUGAAAAUAACUUGAUAAACUACGACUUUUCAAUACAAGGCAGACAAUCAGGGAAGUUUUUGAAGCUCCUCUCAUUCCCGCCAUGAAUGCAAUAAGAAUAUUAAUUUCAAGACACGCUUGCGUUAGCCUUUACUGAAACUUGACUAACGAUAUUGAGAUCACCAUGUCUCUGUGCGUUGAGCCAAUCCACAUUGAUUUCAUAGAAGCCAACCUAUAUCUUUGCAGACUUGAUUAUGUAUCCAAAUUCAAGACUGAGGAUCUUACCAGAACUUAGUAGCAGAAUGGGGUUAAUGCGUUGAAAUAGGCUGGGAAUUUCUCGGUUCUAUGCUAAUAAAUACAUAUGACAUUGCCUUACUCUUUUUGCUGUCAUCGGCUCACUGCUGAUGAGAUAUAACAAGGUGGAAACAG